GAGCUUCUCUGCUGCUCCGAGCCGCACCCACACCUUGAGAGAUCAAUUGCGAGCACCAGGGCUAAUUUAGUUAAUAACAGGGAUUAGACCACCUGUCUACUGCAAGUCGGCAACCCGUCGACACCCAAUUCACUCACAACCCCGCCUUGCUGCCUUUUGACCGAUUCACGCCCCUAUUCUGGCAUGCUUUGGAUGCUGCAACUGGAAACUGGUAGUCUAGAACAUUUGGUUUAUCUAAAGACUCAGAUUUCUUUGGGGUCCCUUUGUUCCUCGGAGUCACAAUGCCGGUUCCAACCGGGCUCACACUGGAGAGUUUGCCAGUGGAGAUCAUCCAAGAGAUCUUCCUUCACUGCCUCGAGGUGAACCUCCCGCUAGCCUCUCUCAAGUUCGCCCGAGCUCUAUCAAACCCCGUUUUAUACACCUGGGUCAUUCGCUCUGUCUUUAGCAGCACAAACAAGAGUUCAAGACAUGAUAUCUUUACGCCUGAUUUUCUUCCUGCGCCUCUGGACCCUUUUUCCAUCUCUCCCGAGGAACGGAGAGACCUGCAGAAUAUCAUCCUCAACUGUCGCUGGUGCACGCUCCCUCUAAUGCGCAGAUGCCAACGGGACUACGUCGAACACGCAAUCCGUCGCAAGUGCAGAGGACUGGACUUUGCACCUUCAGAUCAGGAGAUCCUCGCCAACAUUGGCUCUCGAUUCGAGAACAUCGACAUCAACCAAGACGAAUGUCAUGGCUAUCGCGGGAAAGGCGAGUUGAUCCUAAAGGGCAAAGUCCGGCAAUCGAACGCAGACUGCAAGGUAGCGUUAUGGUUCAACUUUGGCGCGCUCCAAAUCCGCGCAGCCAGCGACAUACACACAGAAAUCGACAUCUUCCAACUUCCAUCUUUCACGGUCAAUCUGCCAGUUCGAGUACCGGACAAGAUACUCCGUCCUCCGUGGACGGAAUCCAAGUUGGAGUUCCUCCAGUUACUCUCGUCGGAUGCGUAUUUGGAUGAUGAAGCCGACCACCCUCGUGCAAAGCGACUCCUUCGACAGGUGAUUCGACAUCGUGACCUGACAACCUUCCAGCGUCUACUGAACAUGAGCAUCCGUGUCCCGUGGUACAAAUAUCCUAUCCGUUGGCCGGUCCUACCGAUUCACUUCUACAUAGCGUUGAAAUAUGCAGACGAGCUGGAUGACCCGUUCGUGAAUCUACUGGUGAAUCAACGAUGGGACGAUAUUCCAGAUGACUUGCAACUCAAGGAUGAUUUGAUGUCCAAAGCGGGACCGAGCAGCUCCAAAUGACCUGAGCUGCAGAUACCAACCAACAUGCACAUAGUCAUAUACAGAACAACCCAAA